UCUACUCUUCCUUAUUGUACUGUUGAUCCGGAGAGAUCUACAGUCGGGUGAAAGCCUUGAGCAGAUCACAUCAGAGAGAAAAAGAGAGAACCGGAAAGACUCAAAGCUCGAGCAGAAGAGGAGGGGGGGAAGCCAGCAAAAAAAAACACGCGGUGCACGUUCAAACGGACCAGCGCGACUCACGAGCUCCUUAGUCCACCCUUUCACCUACAAAACCACCUCCUCCCUAAGGCACCGACCCAACACACCGGGAGAUCACCGUAAUCCAGGUGUGUGUCAGUGGUGCCCAAAUCCAAAGACGGAGAAGGGGGCAUGCCUAUUCUGCUGCAGCCCAACAGAGUUAUACAGAACUGGGCCAGUGUCUGAAGAAAAAGUGCCAAGUAAGGCCCCCCACCUCACCUUAACCCUCCCCAGGGAUUGGAAGCCCCAGAUGUGCCCCUUGACUCAUUAUAACCCAGGUCAGCCCGCUGUUCCCCUGGUUUCACCUGUACUGCCUGGUGUCCAGACCCAUCCACAGCACCAGCCUGCUUAUGCCUGAUUAACUACAGGUGACAAACCCAUCCUCCUGUAUCCCAGACGGCCCUGAAGCAAGUCUUCUCCAAUAACCAAAUUCAAGGAGUCCAAGCUCCAGCCUCGAGUGUGUGUGCAUUGUGGCCCUGGUGUCAUGGCCUUCACCCUAUCUGAGAUCAUGGCGGCGAGACGACAGCAGCAGUCCCAGGCCCAGAGGUCUGGCAGCAGGACAGCCGUAGAGGUGGAUGAGUACAGCACAAACCCCACCCAGGCUUUCACGUUCUACAACAUCAACCAGGGACGCUUCCAACCCCCACACGUGCACAUGGUUGAUCCGUUGGCCCACGACACUCCCAAGCCGCCAGGUUACACGCGCUUUGUGUGCAUCUCUGACACACACUCACGCACUGAUGCCAUCCAGAUGCCCUACGGAGAUGUGUUCAUCCAUGCUGGAGACUUCACUGAGUUGGGCCUCCCUUCCGAGGUCAAGAAGUUCAACGACUGGCUGGGCACCCUGCCCUACGAUAUAAAAAUUGUGAUUGCGGGGAACCACGAAUUGACCUUUGACCAGGAGUUCAUGGCUGACCUCAUCAAGCAGGACUUCUACUACUUCCCUUCUGCCUCUAAGCUCAAACCGGAGAACUAUGAGAACGUCCAGUCGCUGCUCACCAACUGCAUCUACCUGCAGGAUUCCGAGGUCACCGUUCGGGGUUUCCGUAUCUACGGCUCUCCCUGGCAGCCGUGGUACUUUGGCUGGGGCUUCAACCUGCCCAGAGGUCAGGCUCUUUUAGACAAGUGGAACCAGAUCCCUGACUCCACCGACAUCCUGGUCACACACUGCCCUCCACUGGGCUUUCUAGACUGGGUUCCUAAGAAGAUGCAGCGUGUGGGCUGUAUGGAGCUGCUCAACACCGUCCAGAGAAGAGUACAGCCCAAGCUCCACGUGUUUGGACACAUUCAUGAAGGUUAUGGUAUGAUGACUGACGGCACCACCACCUAUAUCAAUGCCUCAGCCUGCACUGUCAACUUCCAGCCCAUGAACCCGCCCAUCGUCUUUGAUCUGCCCAACCCGAGGACCACAUGACUGGAGAAGGCCCGCCCCCAGAACCACAUUUCCAAUCAGGAGACAGCAGGUGGACAAAGAUGAGGGGGAGCGGGCAGGAUUUCAGUACUGUAUAUAUUUCAAAAUGGCCAAGGACACACAAUGUGUGUGGUGUGUCUGUUAGUGUGUGUGUGGCAGUACUGGCACAUGUACAGUAUUGAGGGAUGGACAUGGCGAAUGCCAAUACUACUUUGGCAUCUAUCCUUUUUUAUUUUCCAUGUGCUAUCAUUUUCACACCUUGUUCCCCAUAAUGGAUCAGACCCACAGACAGAAAGACAGUUCUGAAGAAGCCUCAGCUGUAAGCCUAUCUCCCACUCUGCUCUCCUACUGCACUGACAAUCGAACUGGGUACCCAGUAAGCCAGCCAGCCAUCCAGCCAGCCCAACACUUCCUCCCCCUGUUAGAAGUGGUUGUGGCCCUCCUACUGAGCAAUGCUGGUAGAACUGUAGAGUUUGGUCUUACCAUAUGUCCAGUGGAGAUCCUAUUGUAUUUGGUGUAUUUGGAUGCCCCAACCUCUCAGAAUCAGAAUAAGAAAGGGAUUUAUUCGCCAUGAAAGUUUGCACUGACAAGGAAU